AUGCGCAACGCUGUCGUACUGCUGUCAUCGAUUUUGGCUCUGAGCAUAAGCGGCGCUGCUGUUCCGCUGCAAAUUCGAUGUCCUGGACUGAGUGUCCUCGAUGACUCUACCAUUCUGUCACCAUCCGGAUCAAUCGAUGGUAGUGGUAAUGGCAACGGAAACCCGGUAGCAUCGGGCAACGGAAAUCCAUCCGCAACGGGAAAUGGGAAUCCUUCGGCUGUUGGCAAUGGUAAUGAUAAUGUUAAUCCGUCUGCGAAGGGUAAUGGAGAUGGUGAGUAA